AUGGCGAGAAGAACCGCGGAGCAUGAAGACAAAAGGCGAUAUGAACGAGAUAGGAAGCUGCAAGGAACCAGCAACACGAGCAAAGCUGGCAAACAGCACGCCCCAGUAUCACAAGCUUAUGAUUCCCCUGCACCAACAUAUCCUGGACAGCAAUAUACUCCACCGAGAUGGCCUGGUCCACAAGCUCCUGAUCCAUAUCAACAUUAUCUUCCCAUUCAUGUUCAUUUCUUUGGAAGGAGUUUUCUUACUAUUUCGCUUCUGUAUCAACAAUACCAUCCCAUCCCAUUUCCUAUCUAUUUCCUUGGGAGGAGUUCCGAUCACAUUGUGUUUUAG